GCUGCCCUGACUUAGCUGGAGCCUCACUCUGGAAAGGAGCCUCUCUGCUCCUGGAGCUGCCUUCUGUUGCUUCCACGCCCAUCUGUGCUGUCAGCAGCACCAGCAAAGUUGGCCUCCAACUUGAAUGGAGCUCAGAUCUCCAGCUCCCAGGAGCUCCGCUGGGCAGCAGGCAGGAUCCAGACGCUGAACUCUGUUGGCCUGGAAAAGCCGCCCUCCCAACACCUGCUCCCUGGUGACAGCUCUGCCCCCGACCUGUAGGCCCCGGUCUGAGCUGAGGAAUGGUGCGCUGAGGUCCCUCCGGAAGCCCCUUCUCACAGUCUGGAAUUGAAGCAGCUCAAGAUCCAAGCGAACAUGGCCAACCCGGUGCAUCCUCAGUUUCCCCUGGCGCGGGAGCCAGACGCUGCCUUACCCCCGGACCUGCCGGAGAAGGAGACGCUUCUCACCAAGGUGGAGGACAAGGAUGACAAGCCCCUGAAGCUGUCCAAGUCCCUUUCAGGGGCUCUGGACCUGGAGCAGAAUGGCCACGGCCUGCCCUUCAAGGUGGGAUCUGAGAAGCACCGGGAGGUUUCACUCCCCCGGUCGCCCUCGUACGUCAGCUCAAGGCGGCCGUCCUCCACUGCCACCACCUCCUAUGCCCAGGACCGAGAAGUCCCCAAAGAUUACCUUAUCCUUGCCAUCGCCACCUGCUUCUGCCCCGUCUGGCCCCUCAACCUCAUCCCCCUCAUCUUUUCUAUCAUGUCUCGAAGUAGCAUGCAGCAGGGGGACGUGGAUGGGGCCCGGAGGCUGGGCCGCCUGGCCCGGCUGCUCAGCAUCACCUUCAUCGUCAUGGGGAUCAUCAUCAUCAUUGUGGCUGUGACUGUCAACUUUGCAGUUCAGAAUAAGCAGAAGUAACCAGGGCUCUGCCAGCAGCCAGGCUCUGGCCAGCUGGAGCUCCCAACCACCUCCCCCACAUCCCACGAGGACAAGACGGUGACUGCCAAGGGCCCACCUGUCCCCAAGCUCCAAAAGCACAAAUUCGGAGGAAACCCCCAAGUCACUCCAUUCCAGUCCCCACCAGAUGGGAAAAGCCAGAGGAAGGAAGGAAGGAAGGAAACUGACUGUGAAGCCGGUGAACACUGUGAUCGAAUCUCUCGGACGCAGCAGGCAUUGUGGCCCCAGUGCUCUGGCUCUUCCUCGUCCCUCCAGUUUCCUGGCAUCUACCGAACAGCAUAUGCUGCCAGCAGGAGGAGAAACCAGCCCCGCGAACAGAUGAGCUACGGUGAGGAGAGCACCCUCCCCGUGUGAUUGGGAGCAAAGACACGGGACUGGCUUUAUCUUUGUACUUUUCUUGAGAAGGGACGAAAAAGACUUUGCAUGCCUUGUGCCACACGCCUUCCGCCAUCCUAGCCAGUGCCCUGAUCUCAGAGGCCGAGCCAAUGCUCAGCACCUGCCCUGGCACCUCGGCACCCAGACGGGCAGCUGCCCCGGAAGGAGGUGACAGCCACUCACAUCCCCCAUUGCAGGGUGGAGGCUCCCUAAGGACCGUUGGUGAAGGCAGAACAGGGACAGCAUGACCCCCGACCUCCCCGGGAGUAUCUGCUGAGAACUACGGUCCUGGGGGUCUCCCAGGGUGCCCCCGUCCGCCUUUUGCUCCCUCCCUGUGCUGUGGUCUGGGGCAUAACCAAGAAUCCUAGGGCCUGCCCUCCCCACCCCUCCUGUCAGCCAGGGAGGACCCCGGGCCUGAGCUCUCUCCUGCCACGGUCCCCCACGGUCUGGGGUGUAAAUCUGGGGCCCCAGGCAGAGUGGCUCAGAUGGAGCAUGGGUCCCGGCUCCCAACCCAGCCUCAGCUGAAUCUCCGUGCCCCGCCCUGUGCCCCUGGCCACCCCCAAACAGCAGAGGCUUCCCUGGAGGAGAGUUUGGGAUCACCCCUGGGAGGGGCUCCCCAAGGGCUCCUGGGCGUGUGUGUGCUGCCUCAGGGAAGUGGGCCAGAGAGAUUCUGUGAAGGUUAUUUUUCUUGGUCUGGAGAAUUCCAAGACAGAGGGAAGAGCUUGGCUGGGUCUAGUCUGUGGGAGAGUGGGGGGCCCUGGUUUUGGGGUACACUCACAUGCCUGGAGGCAGGGGCUGGACACCAAGGCCUCUGUCUAAAGACCUAAUGGGAUGCUUGAAAGAACCGAGCAGAACCCCUGGGCCUCCUGCCUGGCUUCUGGCUCCAGAUUCUCCCGAACAUCUCUCUGGAAUAGGCUCUGUCCCCGGGGGCUGCUCCUGUGCCCACCUUCCCCAUUGGCUUCGGCUCCCAGACUCUCAGAGAGACGCUGCGGGCUUGCCGGCCCGGGGAGGCCCUGGGACCAGCCUGGGUGGCUACGCACAGUGGUGGGGUGGGGGCAGGUUUUUAGCCACAGCCAGACUGGCUCCAGGUUGGCCAGGAAUGUCUCCCCUGAGCCUGUUCACGAGGCUCAUGCCUCCUCUUGGGCCCCCACCAGGCUCUCCCACCCUCCACACAGGCCCCUGGGAGGGAGUCCUUAGCUCAGAGGCUCUGUCUGCCAGGAGGGCUCUGGGUGCGAGCGAGCGCAGUCAAACCUGAGUGACCACCGGGGGGCGGGGUGCAGGGCCCAGGGGGUCCCUCUGGGGCAGGCUUUCCUGAGUCAGCGCCCCACCAGGGGAUCAACUCCAGCCUUCCCUGCCCUCAAGGAAGGGCUGAUUGUUUGCUUUAUGGAAGCUCUGAGGCCAAAAUAGAGGUGCCCUGUUUGUUGGGGGGGGGGGUGUCUGGGGAUGACGCAGAGUAUUUGUGUCACUUGCAAGGUCAGGUCAGGUCAGGGGGGACAUGAGGUCUAUGGAAACUGCCCAUUCACAGGCCCCGGCUCUGGGCAGGAGUCGCAGGUCUCCCAGCAGGUGCCACUGGUCCUCAGCUUCAGCAUUUCAGGGAGAAGAGAGAAAUGAACCAGGGGAAAAUGAUGGCAGAGGCCCCACACUGUCCCCACAGGCCUCGCCGGAGCUGGAAGGAACAGUGGCCCUGCUGUCCCAGCCCCUCCGUGGGUCCAGCUCUGGCUGCAUGAACACAGAGGUCCCGGCGGACUCGGAGCA